AUGCGGUUACAUCCUUUUAUUAUUGGUUUGAGUGAUAAUGUAAACUUGGAAGCUUCUGUUGAUGUUGAACAAGCGUUUCCUAAUUCGUCAUUUUAUUUACCAAAUAUCUCUUUUAAUGAAGCUCAUAUUAAAAUUAGUUAUUGUAAAGCAUAUACAACUAUGAAUGGAUUGUCAAAAAAAGCUAUUCAAGCAGGAUUAGAUGCUGGUUCUAAUGCAAUUAAAGAGCUCGAAGACUUUAUAAGUGGCUUUAUCAUUAAAUAUACACCCAAAAAGAAAGAUAAAAAGAAGAAAAGGCAAGACAAUGAGAGUGAUGAUACUUCAAACUAUAGUUCUAGCGAUGAAAACUUUAUUUUAGUUGAAAAUCUGAUAGUUCAUUCAAAAAGAGUGCUCCAAGAAAAAAGUAUUUGA